CCGGGCAAAAAAUUGGCGAGCUUUUCUCUGCUAUGCAAAUUUCAGUUUUCAACAUUGACUGACAGUGUUGACAACUCAAUUUUGAUUCCCAUAUUUGCAAAAAGCCCAGUUGCCCAACACGCCUGAACACGCCCUCGCAUCAGAAAUCACUGCCUAUUAGUUACUACUCACCAAAGGCUUUCGUAAAGCUGGCCAUUCUAUGUCACAGAAGUUCUGAGCAUUGCGGCCCUCUUCUUGACCAGCUUUGGUGUUCAGACCCCCGUUAAAUCAACUUAGAGCCGCCAAUUGGAGGGUGGACACAACAUUUGCGGUUGGCGGUACACUGAUGUGGCGGUGCCACAGAUGUCGGUGACUCUCCACACCAACCUUGGGGACAUCAAGUGCGAGGUCUUCUGUACAGACGUCCCAAAAGCGGCAGAGAACUUUCUGGCGCUCUGCGCCAGCGGCUACUAUGAUGGUACCGUCUUCCACAGGAACAUCAAAGGUUUCAUGAUACAGGGCGGCGAUCCUACAGGAACAGGGAAGGGGGGGCAGAGCAUCUGGGGCGGCAAGUUUCCUGAUGAGAUCAGAGACAAUCUUAAGCAUAAUGCAAGGGGCAUCUUGUCGAUGGCAAAUAGCGGCCCAAACACAAACAAGUCCCAAUUUUUCCUAUUGUACAAACCCCAGGCUCACCUAAACGGUCUCUACACUGUGUUUGGGAAAGUCAUACACGGUUUCGAGGUACUCGACAUCAUGGAAAAGACACCGACGGGCCCGGGAGACAAACCUCUGGCCGAGAUUCGACUAAACAAAGUGACAAUCCAUGCGAAUCCAUUGGCCGGCUAGGCAUCUGUCUUUUGUAGACACAGUGUUUGCCCUUGGUUACGGUUUCCAACCACAGACUCGAAACUCACGGAGGCGCGGGUCGGAUUGUGGGUACCUGAAAUUGUUGCUUUCAGGUCUCAAAUUGUCUGCAAAUAAGUGGCGCCGGCACAUCACUGCCGUCGCAGGUUUGUGGAUUGGCCCAAGGUCGUGGCAAGGGCAGAGUAGUAAUAGGUUCGUGGAUUGUACACCAGAUCAGCUUUUGUCGGUCACUUUUUAACAUCAUUGUUCUCAGCCGUGGAUGUAUAUACACACAUGAUGUCCUGAAGCUAUAAUUUUCCGGCC